UAUUUUGUUAUGAGAUAUUUGUGAAUCGUCUUGCUACGCGGUAAAGGAUAAGCAAUUUUGUUGUAAAGAAUGGAGGCAGGCUCCGUUAUCAGGUCGUCGUCUUCAACAUAUCCGUUGUCCUUCUCCACCAAAACCCGUUUAUGUUUCAUCUCGAAUUCUCGGAGAAACAGUUUUUCAUCUUCUUCAUUCAAAUGGCCGCGGCGGCUUCUGUUUUCGUGCCCCACCAGAAGUUCUCCACUCACAGUUGAGAAUCCUCCUACACUUACAGAUUCUUCUUCUGGGACUAAAGAUAUGCUUCCCAAAAUUGACAAGAGCGGCAGAUUUUGCAGCCCUAGAGCCGCCCGAGAACUCGCUCUGAUGAUUCUGUACGCGGCUUGUUUAGACGGGUCGGACCCGGUUCGCCUGUUUGAGAAGAGGGUGAAUAGUAGAAGAGAAAGUGGCUAUAAAUUUGAUAAUGGGGCUUUGUUGGAAUAUGAUCACAUGAGCUUUGGAGGGCCUCCGGUUGCCACGGAGACUGAUGAAGAAGCUGAAGAGAUUUUACGAAUUGAUCAAAAGGAAUCCGAUAUUGAAGCCCAAGUUCUUUCAGCACCUCCAAAGUUGGUGUACAGCAAAUUAAUUUUGCGUUUUGCUCGGAAACUUUUGUUAGCAGUGGCGGAGAAUUGGGACAAUAAUGUGCUUGCAAUUGACAAAGUUGCACCUGAUAAUUGGAAGAAAGAGCCAGCUGGUCGGAUCCUGGAAUUUUCAGUUCUUCAUAUAGCAAUGUCAGAAAUAGCAAUUCUUGGGACAAAGCACCAAAUAGUCAUCAACGAGGCGGUUGAUCUUGCAAAACGUUUCUGUGAUGGGGCAGCGCCUCGUACAAUAAAUGGAUGUAUGAGGACUUUUGUCAAGGAGCUCAACCGGAGUGGUGAGGCUCAUACUGUCAAAAUCAAACAGACCCUAUAACUAGUAUUUGAUCUGUACAAGUGUAUCAAAAGUCCAAUAUUCCACUUGUGGAGGUCGGGUGAUCAUGAUAUAAUACACAUCAAUAUUCCCAGCCCGGCCCGGAUUGAGAAACGAAAUGAACCUCAACUUGAGGAAUUGGACUAUUUUCGGGCUUAAUUUUUGGCUGCCUCCUCAUAGUGGUUAUGUGUGUUGUAAUUGCAUUGUAGCAAUGUCUACUUUCUAUUCACCGUAUGAGGUUCAUCUUCUUCUUCUUCUUCUUC